UAUAGAUACAACUCCUUGCAGUUCUCUAAUGAUAUACAAGUAGUUAAGAGACCAUUCUGCUUAUUAUUUCGAGAUUCGGUUGAGGGGAGACACUUAAGAGGAUUAACGAAAAUGGUCCUGCCUGAAGCUGGAGAACCCAUACUAUAUGAGAGGUUCAAGGACAAGCGCACCCCAUUCUUCAAGACCUGUGGCAAAAAAAAUUCCAGGUUCAUCGCCCGAAUCAUCUGCCAAUUCAAACCCAAAGCGUCUCGCACACUCAUUGGACAGAGAACUCAAAGGAAACCCAUUCACAGCUUUGUCCCAAGCAGAAAGGGAGACCUGAAAAUAACGUCUACCGAGACAAGGGAGCCGGGGGCAAUGGAAGACGAAACCAUGGCGGGCUCGGAAAGCCAAACUCUGCAGCUUCUGGAGUCUGGUACGACGUCGUCCAGAACAUUGCCAAUAAAAGCAGCUCGGGAAAUGAGAGAUGGGUAUUUUUCUGCAGCCUCAUCAAGGGACGUCAGCAGCUGUUCGUUGCUCGGCGGCGUGAACGGCGAUGAGACUGAAGAAGAAGCAGCUGAUGGUGAAGAUAAAUCGUUGUGUCUUCCAUCGGAAUUGGAGGGUUUUAAUGGUGUUUUUGAGUUCUUUUUCUUGGAAGGCAUUUUUUCGCAGCUGGGAAAUGAC